ACGAGGCAAAGGAAUUCCGAUCUGUUGUUGCCUGGGGGAAGCGGGAUAGGUGACCAUGGAUCCACCGCCGCCACUGCGGUUCGAUUGGGAGCGACACUUGCUAUUCUUGGAGAUGAUUGUUGAUGGCCUCCCUUUGGAGUACGAGACACAAGAGAUCAACCGCCUCACACUCGCCUAUUUCGCCAUCUCAGGCCUCAACCUCCUCAACGCCCUUGAUCGGGUGCAAAGUAAUCAAAUUUCGAAUUGGGUGUUGUCCUUUCAAGUGCAUCCAAUAAGAGAGACUGACUUGGAAAGUGGAGAAUUUUAUGGUUUCUGUGGUUCCAGAUCUUCUCAAUUCUCUUCCAGCUUUAGUGAGGUUUCUAAUAAGAAUUGUAGUCACUUAGCAAGUACUUAUUGUGCUCUUGCCAUAUUGAAGAUGGUUGGAUACAAUUUAUCAAACAUUAAUCCUGAAGCAAUCUUGAAAUCAAUGAGAAAACUCCAACAACAUGAUGGGAGCUUUGUGCCGAUUCAUUUUAGAGCAGAAACAGAUCUCCGUUUUGUGUAUUGUGCUGCGGCCAUCUGUUCUAUGCUUGAUAAUUGGACUGGAAUGGACAAAGAAAAGGCUAAGGAAUAUAUAGUUAGGUGCCAGUCCUAUGAUGGUGGCUUUGGCCUGGUUCCAGAUUCAGAAUCACAUGGUGGUGCGACUUUUUGUGCAGUUGCAGCUCUCCAGCUGAUCAGAGAAGAUAUUUCUCCUAACCAAGAAGUUAUAGAUAUGCUAUUGUUAGUGGAAUGGCUCCUACAGAGACAAUCAGGCGAUGGAGGAUUUCAAGGCAGAAUGAACAAACCCAGUGAUACAUGUUAUGCAUUUUGGGUUGGCGGGGUACUGAAGAUGCUGGGUCUCUUUGAAUUCAUAAAUAAGGAUGCUUUAAGGAACUUUAUACUUUCUUGUCAGUCGAAGUACGGCGGCUUCACUAAAUUUCCGGGGAUGAAGUUUCCCGAUCUGUACCAUUCAUAUUAUAGUUUCUCUGCAUUGAGCUUAUUAGGCGAACCAGGAUUUCGUUCACUUUGUGUUGAACUGGGCAUUUGUUCAGAUUGUAACGGUUAAUAAGUUUCUUUUGUAUUGAAGCUUGAUUCAUUGAGCUGUGCACUGAGUCUGUUGCCUCAGAAAUCUGAAGCCUAAUCCGUGGAGAUGUGUAAACAAUUCAACUCUUCUCGACAUUGGUAAGCCAAUGGCUUCGAUUUGUGCCCUGACGGAAUUCAUUCGAAAUUUAAUAUAUACAUUUUUUGCUA